AAAAGAAGAAGAAGAUAUACCAAUGAGUGAUCAUACACCGACGAUGAUCGACGGCAAUGACCAGGAUCAAGAAUCGACGGCUGAGAUCAUGCCAGGCGUCAUACCGGCGAUAUCGUAUCUGCUGAAGAGAGUGUCGGAGAUGAACCACGAUCUGAGCCGUCCGUUCAGGCGGCACCAGAGGAUCUCAGGCUUCCAUGGACUGACAAGACCUUCGAUCUCGAUCAGAAGCUACAUGGAGAGGAUCUUCAAGUACGCGAACUGCAGCCACUCUUGCUAUAUCGUCGCUUAUAUAUAUUUGGACCGGUUCAUGCAAAAGCAGCCAUUUUUGCCCAUCGACUCCUUCAAUGUUCAUAGGCUCAUUAUCACCAGUGUUUUGGUCUCCUCCAAGUUCAUGGACGACAUGUGUUACAGCAAUGCAUAUUACGCAAGGGUCGGGGGGAUAAGCACGGAGGAGAUGAACAUUCUGGAGUUGGACUUCUUGUUUGGGAUUGCGUUCCAUUUGAACGUGGCGCCUUCCACUUUCCACCACUACUCUUGUUUUUUACACGCUUUGGAACCUUCUCCCCCAGCCAGAAGUUCUCCCCACAAGAAGUUUCAUAUCAAUCUCCGCGAAGACGAAUCUACCCUUCAGAAACAACUCGCUGCUGUAUAACGUCACCGUCUAACCCUCUUCUUCGUUUGGAGGGAUUUAGGCUUAUUGCCACCA